GAGUUCAGAUUCAAUCUAUCCCUCUAUCUCUUCACACGUUUUAGAAUAGGAGUUCCAUUUCAUUUUCGAUCUCUUCCUUCAACCACAUCGACAUUCAAAUUUCUUCUCUCUUCCAUCGACAAAAAAAAGAACAAAGGGCAAAUAAGUCUUCGUACAACCCUCUCUCUCUCAUCAGAAAAUCUAAUUCUAGGGUUUUCUUUUGGUGUUGUUGCAGAGAAAAAGAAUCGAUUAAUUUUUAUUGUUUUUCCAGUAAUGGUGGGAAUUUUCGCGCGAAGGUGAAAAAAAGAAAUGAUUAGGUUAGUGGAAGGAAAAAUUUCACUUUGUAUGGAUGAAAUAUGCCUGAACUCCGUAGUGGAGUACGUAAACGCCGUGCUCCAAUAUUAGAUCAUCAACGGCGUAAAAACACUGUUAUAGAUAACCUAGAUAAUCCUCAACCUCUGGUUAACAGAAACGCACGAACCAGAGCUGGUGCAGCAGCAGCAGCAGAGGCUGCAGAAAUCGUUGGUGGUAAGGAAACAAACCUGAAAUCAGUUUCAGGACCUAGAACUAGAAAUCAAGCUAAAGCUGCUGUGGUUGUGAUUCCCGAGGAAAUUAAACAACAACCAGAAGAAGAAGAAGCUGAAGAAGAAAAAGAGCUUGGGUUAGAAAGUAGUAAGAAGAAAGAAAUCAUGGGUGAUGAUAGCGAUGGUUUGAGUGCUAAUAAGGUUGUUGCUCAAGAAGAAGAAGGAAGUACUGCUCCUUUUCCUGAAAGGGUUCAGGUUGGAGGAUCACCAAUUUAUACAGUUGAUAGGAAGCUAGGUAAAGGUGGUUUUGGGCAAGUUUUUGUUGGCCGUCGUGUGUCAGGAGGUAGUGAAAGAGCAACAGGUGCUGGGGCCCUGGAGCAGGUGGCUCUAAAAUUGGAGCAUAGAAGCAGUAAAGGUUGCAAUUAUGGUCCUCCAUACGAGUGGCAAGUUUAUAACACUCUUGGCGGCAGUCAUGGAGUGCCCAGAGUACACUAUAAAGGGAGGCAAGGUGACUACUAUGUAAUGGUUAUGGACAUGUUAGGGCCUAGCUUGUGGGAUGCAUGGAAUUCUUCAGGGCAAGCGAUGUCUUCAGAAAUGGUAGCUUGUAUUGCUGUUGAAUCUAUAUCAAUCCUGGAGAAGAUGCACUUAAGGGGUUAUGUUCAUGGAGAUGUGAAGCCUGAAAAUUUUCUUCUCGGUCAGCCCAAUACAGCACAAGAGAAAAAGUUGUUUCUUGUUGAUCUCGGAUUAGCAACUAAAUGGAGAGAUAGUGCUAGUGGUCAACAUGUUGAAUAUGAUCAACGCCCUGAUGUCUUCAGGGGAACGGUUCGAUACGCAAGCGUUCACGCUCACCUGGGAAGAACUGCUAGCAGAAGAGACGAUCUUGAAUCCCUUGCAUAUACACUUAUCUUCCUUCAUCGGGGAAGGUUACCCUGGCAGGGCUAUCAGGGUGACAACAAAUCCUUCUUAGUUUGCAAAAAAAAGAUGGCAACAUCUCCUGAAAUGCUGUGUUGCUUCUGCCCUCCACCGUUUAAGCAAUUUCUUGAAAUAGUUGUGAAUAUGAAGUUUGAUGAGGAACCCAACUACUCUAAAUUAGUUUCUUUAUUCGAGGGUUUGCUUGGACCAAAUCCUGCUGUCAGGCCAUUAAAUACAGAUGGUGCUCAGAAGAUUAUUAUCCAAGUUGGUCAAAAACGGGCUAGGUUGACAAUAGAGGAAGAAGACGAUGGGCAACCAAAGAAGAAGGUCAGGUUGGGAGUUCCUGCAACACAAUGGAUCUCUGUUUACAAUGCUAGGAUGCCUAUGAAACAGAGGUACCACUAUAAUGUUGCAGAUGCACGAUUAGCAGCGCAUGUAGAGAGAGGAAAUGAAGAUGGUCUUCUUAUAAGUUGUGUGGCAUCUUGUUCCAACUUAUGGGCGCUGAUUAUGGAUGCAGGAACUGGUUUUACAGCUCAAGUUUAUGAAUUAUCACCACACUUCUUACACAAGGAAUGGAUCAUGGAGCAAUGGGAGAAGAACUAUUACAUUAGCUCUAUAGCUGGUGCUAACAAUGGGAGCUCUCUUGUUGUGAUGUCUAAAGGAACUCAAUACACACAGCAGUCGUACAAAGUUAGUGAUGCUUUUCCCUUUAAGUGGAUAAAUAAGAAAUGGAGAGAAGGAUUCCAUGUAACAUCAAUGGCAACUGCUGGAAGCCGAUGGGGUGUAGUCAUGUCUCGCAAUGCAGGCUUCAGUGACCAAGUCGUGGAGCUUGAUUUUCUCUAUCCAAGUGAUGGUAUCCAUAGACGGUGGGAUAACGGUUACCGGAUAACUUCCACAGCUGCUACUUGGGAUCAAACUGCUCUCAUCUUGAGUGUGCCCAAGCGUAAACCUGGAGAUGAAACCCAAGAGACCCUAAGGACAUCUGCAUUCCCAAGUACCCAUGUUAAGGAAAAAUGGGCCAAGAAUCUCUAUCUUGCGUCUGUCUGCUACGGGCGGACCGUUUCUUGAUUUUGAGGAGCCUAGAGGCCAAGGCCAUAAAGAUCUAUGGUCAUUAUUGUGACUGACAGUAGGGAGAAGGAAAAGGUAUCAACCUUUACUGGUGGAAGGUUCUGGUUGGGUUUGCGACCUUUUGUCUCAUUUAUGUUUUUUCUCCUGUUCAAAUUUGUACUUCCCUUUUACUGGAAAAGGCUGGGUAGCACAGAAGCUUAAAUUGUAGUUAUAGAGAAAUAUCUCCCCAUAUGUUGUAUCCUUAUCUAUCUAUAUUACAAAACACACAUCACAGCUAACUUUGCCUUAGUAGUGGCUGAGAUUUCUUAUUGAAUUCGGGUGCGUCUCGUCAGCUUUGCCUUUGUUAGUAGUGGCUGAGAUAACCUCCUAUAAUUCAAUCCGACGUUUCCUAUUCUCAA